CAAGCAAAGGAAGAGGGUCGGGAGAUCAAGCUGAAGGAGAUCAUGGACCCCUGGAUACUUCAGAUGAACUACCCUGUGGUUAGCGUCAGCCGAGAUUUCAACAACCCUAGCGCUUUGCACGUCACGCAGUCCCGAUUCCUGUCAGACCCUUUAGCUAAAGAUCCCGGGAUACAACAAUAUCGCUGGACCAUACCCCUGACCUUCGCCUCAAGUAGGAAUGCCAGUUUUACCCAAAACGCCCAGGAUAUACAGUGGAUGUACAAAGAGGAACGCAUGAAAACGUUUAAUCUGGAAACCCUGCUGCCGAACUGCAGUGACCCUGACGGCUGGGUCAUUGCCAAUGUGGAACAGCAAGGCUACUAUCGUGUCAACUACCAGAUAGGGAACUGGUUGGCUUUGGUGAUCGGAAUAGUAAACAGGGCACAGAUCAUCAACGAUGCCUGGAGCCUGGCCAAGGCUUCCUACAUUCCUAUCUACGUCGCCCUGGAGAUGAUCGACUACCUGGACAAAGAGCUCGAUUAUCUGCCAUGGUUCACAGCUUGGCGGGAGCUGAAGUACAUGAAAGCCGCCUUGGCUUUCUCUUCACUGUAUGGGGCAUUUGAGGAAUUCAUGAAAACCAUAUUGGGUGAACCGUUUCUGCAUUUCGGGAUAAUGAACUCUUCGGAGAACAAUUUGAAGAACCAUUCAGAGAUGUGCGCAACAUCUUACUGUUGCAAAAUAUUCUGGUCGAGCCCAAUGGAUUGGCAGCCGAUCGUU